AUAUUUCUCUUGAUAACUUCGCUUAUCGUAAUACUGUUGCAAUCUUUUGCUUGUAUUCUUAGGGUAAUAGCCUUCCAGUACCUCGUAAUCCUGCCAUCUAAUGAAAACUCCUCUAUUUAAGCUCAAUACAAUAAUUUUUGACUUAUCCUAUAAUCCACCUUAAAAUAGCAGAAAUUAUCAAUUACACUAAUAGUUCUUUUUCACUUUCUGAACCAAAUCAGCGAUAUAUUUGAUACUCAUCUUUCAGUUUUAUCCUUAGCACGGAAAUGAGCAACACAACUUUGUUUCGUACUGCUUUUCUAGUCUGCAUUCUUUCCAGCCUAUAUUCCCGUAUCAUAUGUGAAGAACAAAAUGAAUCGGUGUUCUUCCAUGAUAUGCUGAACAACUUCCCUGAUUUAAACUCGCAUAACUGGAAACCAUCUGCUAAGCCUGAAGAAUACUGCAAAUUAAAGGAUAUUGAAUGUGAUAAAGAGGGACAUGUGGUAUCAAUAGAGCUACGCGAUAUGAAUUUGAAUGGAUCACUACCAGAAAGUAUUGGAAAUUUGGCACACUUGAAUCGAUUAAUUAUUAGCAAUUGUAGUUUGAAGGUUCUACCAGCAAAUCUUUUCAAUACCAAAGAUUUGAUUGAGCUUGAAUUGAGUCACAACUCUAUUUUUUCAAACAUGAGUGAAGACUUUGGAAAACUGAACAAAUUGGUAUCUCUCGAUUUGAGCAACAACCUUUUGGAAGGAAAUAUACCAGAUAGUAUUGGAAAUCUAACAUCGUUAAGAAGAUUGUAUUUGCAUAAUAAUUCACUUUGUGGUAAUCUGCCCUCGAGCAUUGGCAAUUUAAAACAUUUAUACAUAAUGGAUUUGAGCGACAACAAAUUUGAAGGCAACCUACCACACGAGUUAUGUAAUUUGCAAUUUUUAAACCGAUUGAGAAUGAAAAACAAUAAAUUGAGCGGAGAUGCUUCUGAAAUCAUUAAUAAGCUUUCAAAUCUGAAUCAGUUAGACUUGACGGGCAAUAACAUCUCAGAAUGCGGCCAUAUGGGUUGCAAGAUUUAUUCGAAUAUGAAAAAGAGACUAGAUAGAGAUAAUCAAUUUGGAAACAAGACAGACAAUUCUACGCUUCAACCUGACCAGAGCCAAAUGAAUCACGGUGGCAUUCCUACGAUCGGGAACCUAGAUGUAGCGCAUCACAACCAAAAUCCUUUUGGCAAUUCUAUGAUUCAACCUGACCAGAGCCAAAUGCAUCAUGUUGGAAUUCCUACGAUCGGGAACCUAGAUGUAGCGCAUCACAACCAAAAUCCUUUUGACAAUUCUAUGAUUCAACCUGACCAGAGCCAAAUGCAUCAUGUUGGCAUUCCUACGAUCGGGAACCUAGAUGUAGCGCAUCACAACCAAAAUCCUUUUGACAAUUCUAUGAUUCAACCUAACCAGAGCCAAAUGCAUCAUGGUGGCUUUCCUAUGAGAUGUGGGGAUUUAGCACGUCAACAUCAAAGCGCCCUUAACAAUUAUACGCUACAACCUGACCAGAGCCAAAUGAAUCACGGUGGCAUUCCUACGAUCGGGAAUCUAGAUAUAGCGCAUCACAACCAAAAUCCUUUUGGCAAUUCUAUGAUUCAACCUGACCAGAGCCAAAUGCAUCAUUUUGGCUUUCCUACGAUCGGAAAUCUGAAUGUAGCGCAUCCUGACCAAAAUCCUUUUGGCAAUUCUACGCUUCAACCUAAUCAGAACCAAAUGCAUCAUGUUGGCAUUCCUACGAUCGGGAACCUAGAUGUAGCGCAUCACAACCAAAAUCCUUUUGACAAUUCUAUGAUUCAACCUAACCAGAGCCAAAUGAAUUAUGGCAACUUUCCUACGAGCGAGAAUCCAGAUUUAGCACGUCAAAAUAAGGAGCCUGGCAAUUUUUUGAAUAACUUGGGAUCACCAUUGCCUAAUGACACAGUGCUACAUCAAACUGCCAUCCGUACCACCCCGAACACAGUCUUUAUCAAUUCUAGCUCGAGCAAUUUAAAUAAUUUGUCCUUCUACUAUAACUACUUGGCCAUAGUUAUCUUUUUGUAUAACUUCCUUUUGUAAAAAUUAAGGAAAAUUAACUAUGAUUCCUUGGGAUCAUUUUAAUAAAACUGCUAGGUUUUGCACCGUCUAGGGUUUUUAUUAAAAAAA